CCCUUUCAUUGUUACUCCCCGACCCGUAAACCCAUCUCCUCUCCUCUCUUCUCUGAACGUGAACGAAAUCAACGAACCAUAGAGCUACCGCAGCCCCCAAUCCGCGCAGCCACCGCAGCGACAGUUUUGACAAACGCAGCCCCACAGACCCCACCGCGUCGUUGUGUUCGCCAAGCUCGCUUUCUUUGUGUUAGUCGGUGUCGCGUCGUCUGUGUUCGCCGUCGCUCGCCCUCCUCCUCGCCGACCUCGCCUUCUCUUGUGUUAACCGGUUAUUGUUUGUUGAGGAACCCGCGCUUCUCGAUGGAACUUGGUGUUGUUAUCUUUAAGGCUGAUGGAUCAAGCAGCCAUGUGGGACUCACUUAUUGAGGAACUCUGCAUCUAUCAUUAAAACAUAUCAACCUGUCUGAUCGACCGAACCCAUUCCCCCCAAAACCACUCUGCGCAUCCACCAUCCACAGAGCCUACGUCGCUGCCACACGCCUCGCCGUCGACGCUGUUGUUAGUCACCGGCAGCGAGUAUCUUCUGUUUCUCUCCUUAAAGAAUAGGAUCAUUAAUCAUGGAUGCACAAGCUAAGAAAAAGGCAGCUUUUCGUGCUAAAUUGGCCCAGAAGAAGGAAAAGCGUAUAGAUUCUCCCCUUGUAAGGUAUAAUGAAUUCAAUCAACCUGUUUGUCGGGUUUGUGAUGUUGUUCUGAAGUCUGAAUCUAUAUGGGAUGCACACCAAAUCUCCCGUAAGCAUCGCGAGGCGAUUGAUAAUCUUAAAGCUAAUGCAGCUGGAUUAACGCAGCAAAACAAUGCAAAGCCUGCUGUUGGUAACAGAUUUCCCAAAGCCAAACCUGAACAACCUUCCGAACCACUAUCCAAAAAGCCUGAACCUUCACAAGAAGUACCUAAAGCCCAGUCGUCGUCUGUGCUUCCACCAAAUUUUUUUGAUGACAGUGCAAGGAAAACCGAAAAGAAAUCAUCUGAUUCAGGAAGAAAUGUGGGAGUUUCUGCUCAAAGUCAGGUGUCAAAGUUGGAGGAAAGAGGUAAUUUUCGUGGUCAUGAUGCUGCGCCGUCAAAGGUUAGUCAAGCAACAACAGAGACUAGGCAGACCUCAGCCAAAACUUCUGAUGCAGAGGACAACCAAACAAAAGGAUCUCUGCCUGAAGGCUUUUUUGACAAUAAGGAUGCGGAUUUGCGGGCACGUGGCAUUAAGCCUGUGAAGCCAGAUGUCAAGGAUGAGUACAAGGAGUUUGAGAAGCUGAUUCAAGAGGACUUGAAGGAGGUGGAUGACCGAUUGGAAGAAGAAGAGAUUGAUGCUGCUGAAAUGAUAGAAGAAGCUGAAUCCGUUGAACAAAAGAUCUUCAGGGAGAGAGUGGAAAUGUUGAAGAAAAAGAGACUGGAGCUGAAAGCAGCAAAGUCAGCAAAGCGAGGUAAAACUUGUGAGGGUGAAACCAAGGAGGAGUCAAGGCAUGAAGAAGAGUCAUCCAGUGAUGAUGAAAGUGGUGAAAAUUUUGCUGUGGACUGGAGAGCACAACACUUGUGAAUGCUAAUUGAUAACUAACACUUGAUAUUUGUUUAAUUCCAUAUACUAUGUACACUAACACCACAGUUUGUAUGUAGAACAAUUUACUCAACACUAGGCAUUACACCUAUUUACCCAGCCCCAAUCCUAGGCAUUACACCCAUGUUUCACACACACACAACACACUCACACACUAUCAUGGGUAUCAUGGGUUCUUAAACCAACAACCAGCCUCAGCUGGGAUUAGAACCCGGAUGCAGCGUUGUAUGAGGCAGAUAGAUAUGUCAUCUGUGCUGGGCCUCUGCUGCCCCCAACAUGAGAGUCUAUGUCUCACAUGAUUCACUUUUGGGCUUUUGGUCUUCUACUUGGAAGGCUAUUGAAGCCCAUUUUGCUGUAAUCAGGUCCAGCCAGGUGUGUUCGUUCUUUUCGGGCUUAAGAAAACACAUACCCACAUACUGAUACAUUUAAUUGAAGAUUAAGAUGCGUUCGUAUUCCGAUAA